AUGCUCAAGGACUGCAUGAGCUUCGCGCAGGGUUGCAUUGAAUGUCAAAUGCAUGGACUAGUCCAGCAUGUGCCUGACGUUCCUCUGCAACCAAUAAUUAAACCUUGGCCAGGUCACGGAUGGGCUUUAGACUUUAUUGGGGAGAUUCAUCCCAAUUCUUCUUUACAGCACAAGCACAUUCUACUGGCUAUAGAUUUCUUCACUAAGUGGGUCGAGGCUAUACCAGUCAGGACGACAUCUUUAGAGGUGAUCACUGAUUUUAUCUUUAAAUAUAUUAUCACUAGGUAUGGCAUUCCAGAAUGUUUGGUGGCAGACACGGGGGCAGGUUUCAUGGCUGAAAACACUCAGAAAUUCUUAGCUGGCUAUGGGAUCAAGUUUUUGCAUUCCAGUCCUUAUUAUGCUCAAGCGAAUGGCCAGGCUUAUAGAACUUCCAAACGCGCUCCAACUAGUACUACACCUUAUGCUUUGAUGUAUGGACAUGAUGCGGUACUUCCUAUAGAAAUUAAUGUUCAGUCGCUGAGGGUUCGCGAGCAGCACCAGUUGAUUGGUGAGGACUAUGUUCAAGCUAUGUAUCAAGAACAUGAGGACUUGGACUCUCGCCGGAUGGAAGCUCUCGACAGCCUUAUUGCCGAAAAGAAAAAGAUCGCACGGCUUUAUGACAAACGCACGAGAGGACGCAGCUUUUGA